CGUCACCUUUACUGUACGACUUCUAAUGUAUGCUGGCUAAGCCUUCCUGUUGAUUGUGUAUCUGCGUACGUCUACAAACGAAUUUAGUUCCCGAUAUUUCGUUUCUUUCCCUAGAUUUCGUCUCCGACCUUGAUAUUCUGGACCCUGUAGGCCUAAGAAUCAUUCAAGAUGUCUAUGUCAGGAGCAGAAUACCUUGCUUCCAUUUAUGGAACGGAGAAGGAUAAAGUCAACUGUUCGUUUUAUAUCAAAACAGGAGCUUGUCGCCACAGUGAAAGAUGCUCUAGGAAACACAAUAAACCCCAAUACAGCCAAACUGUUGUGAUGCAGAACAUGUAUGUCAGUCAACAAAAUUCUGCAAAGUCUGCUGAUGGAUCUCACUUGGCUAACAUGAGUGACCAUGAAAUCCAAGAACAAUUUGAAUAUUUCUUUGAAGAUGUAUUUUUUGAAUGUGAGGAGAAAUAUGGAGAAAUUGAAGAGAUGUGUGUUUGUGACAAUCAGUGUGAUCAUUUACGAGGAAAUGUUUACAUCAAGUUUCGACAAGAGGAAGAUGCUGUGAAGGCGGCAGAAGACCUCAACAACCGCUGGUACAUGUUCCGCCCAAUCUACUGCGACCUUUGCCCGGUGGCUGAUUUUCGGGAGGCUUCUUGCCGCCAGUUUGAGAUGGGUCAGUGUGGUAAGGGUGGCUUUUGCAAUUUUUGGCACGUGAAGCCAAUUUCACAUCAUUUGAAAAACCUCCUUGCUAGGUCAUCCCGAUCCAGAUACAGACAUCGAACGAGGUCUCGCUCCAGAUCACGUGAGAGGCACUCAGACAGGUAUGGAGAGGGCCAGAAAUAUCGCCGAAGAUCUCGCUCCAGAUCACGUUCCCGCGACAGAGAUCGUAGAGAGCGCAAGGGCCGCUACUAGGGGCUACUAAAGGGUGUCAGCUCUGUUUGAGCAGAUCUAACUGAUUAUUUUAGAACACUUGGGUAAGAUUUAAGAUUUAAACAUAGGUUAAUGACAAGCAUGUUUAUGAUAGCUUAAGAUACGUACCAUAAUCCUGCAGUUUAAUUUACCAGGUUAUUCAAGCCAUAGAGAGUAAAUUAAUAUUUUGAUGAGCAGUGUUCUUUGGAGUUGUUUUUUGGUAUUUUUAAUAUUACAAUACUGGUGUCAAGUUUAAGUACUAGCAUCACAAUAUUAAUAGCUGUAAUUAUCUUACACCAAUAAAACUUAUAGACCUUA